AUGAGCUCGCCCCUUGAAAUGGAGAUUGAGGAGGCACAAGCGACUGCACCCUCACCCGGCCAAGGGCUCAGACCUAGCUUUGCAUGCGACCAUUGUCGCGUGAGAAAGGUGAGGUGUGAUGGGCAAGAUCCAUGUCAGCCCUGCAUUUCAGCGAAGAAGAAGGAUUGCACUCGCCAACGGGUGAUGAAACCUCGUGAAAAGAGGCAGAAAUUACUAGUAUCCGCACAAUAUGAGAAGAAGAUCGACCAGAUGGAAGAGCGUCUUGACCAGCUCGUGAGUUUACUGGCGGAGCAGAGCAAGGCGCGACAUCAUGCCGCAACUUCUCCACAAGGUACAGUCGCCAUGUCUCCAAGUGUUGGCACACCCACAAGCUGGUCUCGAGAGCUAGAACCCACAUUCGAGGGAGAGUCAUCUAUGUUGGCACAUUCUCGCUCCGUCAACGAACUGGUUGAGAAGACAAUCAACCAGACUCGCUCUGCGGAGCCCCCUGUGGAUUGUAACGAGACGCGCGCUGCUUUGACUCAGCUCAUUUCGUCUCUCAAACCAAAGCAUGAGCCGCAGGAUGCUUGGUUCGAUGAUGCUACUCUUGCGCCUCCACCACCGCCACGCACUGAAUUGCCGCCCUUUACAAUUGUAGCUGCAUUGCUCAAGGCCGAGAGAGAAUCCCCUCGCUACUCUCUCUGCUCUUGGUUCAACAAAAGUAUCACCAUAGAAGCGCUCACCCAACACUGCGUGGAUGUUUAUUUUGCACCAACGUACAGUCAUUCACAGCUUAUCAUUGCAACUUCGCACCUGAUGUGGCUUUUAUUGGCAGAUGGUGGUACCCCGCGUGAGAGCUCGCAGAGGGAGAUUUAUCAUAUCAAUGGACAUCUCUGCCGAAUGGCGUUGGAGACGACCCUGGCCAGCCUCCCAUUCCACAUGCCUGCUACAAAGGAAACCGCGUAUGCCAUGUUUCUCGGUGCACUUCAUGCAAUAACAAGUAUGAAGCCCGCUCUUGCAUGGACGCUGAUCAGCAAGGCAUCCGAGAUUUGUCAAUCUCUCGGUUUUCAUCGGUGCUCCACCAUGAAAUCAGAUGAUGGGCGAGUCGCUCAACAGAAAAUGUCGAUAUUUUGGUGGGUUUACAUUAUGGACAAGGGACUCUCCCUCCGUCUGGGCAGGGUUUCCAAUCUGAAUGAUUGCGACAUCGACGUUGCUACAACAUUCACCUCGGAUCCGCAGUCGGAUCUUGCAGGUGUCGUACAAUACUUUGUAUUGUCGAUAGCCGUUGCACGGAUUCAGGGGAAAGUGUACGAACGAUUGUACAGUGCUGCAUCUUUGGCAGUAGCGCCGCAUGAAUGCGAGGCACGAGUUUUCGAACUCGUAGAAGAACUUUCCGUUCUUCAAGACCUUCUCACCAAAAGUCGGAUCGAAUUGCUGCAGAGUGUUGGGUCGCAAGUGCGCGAGAGUGCCGUUCUUCAAGGAGACGAGGUCGCAUUACUGUCUCUGACUACGCUGGUCUAUCGCAGCUUGACACCCCUGGACGGCUUCACGUUUGAUAGGCGAUGCACCGAAACAGCGAGAUCAGCCCUGCAAUGUCACGUGCAGUACAUGGCCAGCUUGGACGUUGCCGCUUUAGAGGAGUAUGUGAAUUGGGCCAUCCUCUACACACCAUUCAUCCCUGUAAUCGUCAUCUUUUGCAACGCCAUUGAAACGGUCGACUUGGAUGACCUCCAACGCUUGCAGAGCUUUGUAGCUUCCUUCGAACCUACGAGGUGCAAUUCUCCAACAAUCCAAAGGCUUCACGAUAGAUUCUUGACGCUUCACGAAAUCGCCAGUCGUAUCAUUGAACUUCGUCGAACACAAAGCAGGAGCGACGAAUCCGGAAAAUCCACUCGAUCAGGGGAUACUAUACUUCUGGAAGCUAACACCGGCCAAGCCCUACCACCAUCAGGCGAUCAAGAUGUCUCAAAUCCUGCUCGUGUUGCUACUACUACUCGAGACUUUCUCGAUCCUGCGUACAACGAGGCUUGGUUUCGGGAUUACCAGCAGAUGCUUGAUCAGCUCAAGGAAGACGACCUGUUCCUCUUUGGCACUAAUAUACUCUAG